AUGCCUCGCCCCCACGCCGCCCUCUUCACCACCAUCACCUCAGCCAUAACCCACGACCACCGCGUCCUUGAAACCUCCUACCGCGAAAUAGUCGAUCACCCCACCGACAUCGACCACCAAACCCGGUACGGCAACCUAUUCACCUGGGAGCUCGCCCGCCACUCCGUCGCCGAGGAACUCCUCGUCUACCCAGCCAUGGAAAAUUACCUGGGCGCCGCGGGAAAACAGCAUGCUGAUGCCGACCGCGCGCAGCACCACGAGGUCAAGGAGCUGCUGAAAGACUUCCAAAAUACAGAUGCGAGUAGUUCGACGUAUAUUCCCAAGCUGGAGAACUUGUGGAGCGUGCUGAAGAAGCAUAUUGAGGAGGAGGAGAGGGAGGAUUUGCCGUUGUUGGAGGAGGCGCUGAGGAAGAAUGAGGGGGAGAGUGAGGGGUUGGCGAAGAGGUUUGAGAGGACCAAGAUGUUUGUGCCGAGUAGGGCGCAUCCUAGUGCUGGUGAGAACCCGUACUUCGAAGGUCCCAUGGGUUUGCUGGCUGCGCCUAUUGACCAUAUUGCCGACAUCUUCCGCAAGUUCCCAGAUGACACAAUCAGCCCUAAUCCUUCCAAAAAGUAG